GUGAAAGAGAGAGGGUGAAAGUGCCACUGGAGAUAAUUGAUUACCUCCCAAUCAACAAUAACUUGUUAGUGGAUAGUCAAUUCUGGCGACUCUUCGAGCCUCGCCAUUUCAGGGAAGUACCAUUUUCCUACGGACUGCCACACGUCGUGGGGGAAGCAUUACUGCCAAAGAAAGCUUGGAUCGAAAACGAGGAAAUACGGAAUUUAAAAUACAGAAAAUAAAAUAAUUCACCCUGAUGACAAACCACACAGCAUGCUGCUUGAUUCGCCGACUAUAAUCUGACGUUUGUUUCCGUUCUUUAUCCUGUUGUUUCUCAGAGUUUAUGUUUGUUUGAUUAGUAGGACUAUAUUUGUAAUUUCUCAACUAAGUCUGCAUAGCUGUAGCGGAAGAAUGACAUCCAAAGAAGAGGCAAAAGCUUCUGCGGUUGAAGAAAGACGACGAAGUCCGUUGGACCAUCUUCCGCCGCCUGCCAACUCCAACAAACCCCUUACCCCAUUCAGUAUUGAGGACAUUCUUAGCAAACCCUCGGUUAAGCGAAGUUACACACUCUGCGGCACAGCACACCUGAUUUCUUCUGCAGAAAAACACCCUCAGUCGGGUCUUCCCUUAUCCAAUCGGGCACUGCUCACCCAGACGUCCCCGCUUUGCGCCCUCGAGGAACUAGCCAGCAAAACAUUCAAAGGACUUGAAGUAAGCGUUCUUCAGGCGGCAGAAGGUCGCGACGGAAUGACCCUAUUUGGGCAAAGGAACACGCCCAAAAAGCGAAGAAAGUCCAGAACAGCCUUCACGAACCAUCAGAUAUAUGAACUGGAGAAAAGAUUCUUAUAUCAGAAAUACUUGUCCCCUGCUGACCGAGACCAAAUCGCUCAGCAGCUCGGGCUAACAAACGCCCAAGUCAUAACCUGGUUUCAGAAUCGCAGAGCGAAGCUGAAGAGGGAUUUGGAAGAAAUGAAAGCGGACGUAGAAUCGGCCAAAGCAAUUGGUUCAGUACCUUUGGAAAAAAUCGCUAAACUCGCAGACCUCGAAAAAUGUGCCAACGGAACACUGGGGCGCCCGCGGUCCGAGUCGCCAGCACUGUCCGCACAGGAGCAGGAGAUCUCAAACAAAUUGCGAAUGUCCCCGCUGUCCCCGUUCACAGACCACACAACAAGCAAAGAGUGUUCAGAAGACGAAGACGUGGAAAUUGACGUGGACGACUGAUAGAUUAUUUCCGAGCCACUGUAAUGAUAAUAACAGCAACAACCAUUAUUCAUAACCAUUGUUGUUAUUAUUAUCAUUGCAUCACAAGAACAAUGAACUUAAACUGAUAUUUUGUUGACGAAAAUAUUGAAAGCAAAGCAUGAACGAUUCGUAGCACUAUACACAGUGACAGCGAUAUUAUUCUGAUCCUUCCUCUGUAUUUAAUCAAGACGACAGUCUUCAGUAAAAGCAAUAAGAAGUGUAUUUAAAGAGACGACUCAAACGAAGGACAAAGCAAGGACUUUGACUGAAUUAUGUGCGUUUUUAAACUGACACGCACACCGGUACAUUCACUUGUU